CUGACUGUGUGAGCCAGCUGUUUUCCUCCAGCAGUAUGAGAUAGCGUCUUUCCUGCGUGGAUAGCGGGGGUGUUGGUGGUGGCACGGAGAGACAACAAUGGACAACAAUGACUGUAAACUCCCGCACUGGUUUGAAUGAACCGGGAUAUACCAAGCGACGCGUCGGUCCGGUGGAUGAAGCCGUGUUAUAGCACUAACAAGUGGACAAGCUUUCCAUUGUGAACAUUCAAAUAUCUUGCAGCUUAUAGCCUAUUAGAGUCUCUGGGCUUUUUAAGGAUUAUCAUAACAAAAGCGCGACGGGACAAAAACAGCCAUAAACGCUCCUGUUGUUCCUCAAUAACUGAGAAAGAGAGAAAACACGUGGUUUUAUUUAAAGGAGCAGCAGAGGCGAUGAAAACAACGGAGGAGGGGGAGAGGAGUUUCAUUCAUUGGAUUUAAAGCUGUAUGCUGUGUUUUGGCCAGUCGGCCUUCUUCCGCUUCAACCACCCAGAAGAAGCUUUCAGGAUGAAGAGCAUGAUGCCCCACGGAGGAAGCGUCUCCACCGGGGACUACAGACUACGUGCAGACAAAGAGAGCUUGGUCAAUGGGAAUCACCAGGCCGGUCCAGCUCCUGGAGAGAGAGUCCAGUCUGAGCACAGUGCGAUCGUCAGCUCCAUUGAGAAGGACCUCCAGGACAUUAUGGACUCUCUAGUCAUGGACGACCCGCAGCCAUCCUCCUCAGAGGGCAUAAAGACCCCAGGAGGACAGCCCAUCCCCCACUCUCCCCUGUCCCCCAUGGUCAACGGAGGGGGCCGCUAUCUUCUCUCGCCUCCUACCAGCCCGGGGGCCAUGUCUGUGGGGUCCAGCUAUGAGAACAACUCCCCUCCUUUCUCGCCCCUUUCCUCCCCGUCAGCGGCCAGCAGUGGGAGCUUCACCAGCCCCUCUCCUGGUGGAGGACCCCAGGACCAGAGUUCCUCUCUGCCGCCAGUGCCUGUUCGCUCGUCUAGCUACAACUUCACCGCCCAGCCUCCGCCCGUUCCACAGCCUCGGACCAUACUGCCCAACUUCAGCAGCGGGGGGCUGAAGGUUCAGGAGAGCCCCCGGCUGCAGAGGAAGGUCCUCACGGAGGCUCCUCCCAGCCCCAAGCCGAGCCGCCGAGGACUAAGCCAAGACGGGUCGGAGAGCCCUCGACAGACCCCUCUCCUGUCCUCCAGUGAGUCCCUCAGUAGUAGAAACGUUGUGCCGAGUAGCCCUAGACUCACUCCAAAAUUCCCCUCCUGUUCAUCCCCGUCCCCCUCCAGUCCCAGGACCAAGACCACCACAGUGCUCCAGGAGAGACCUGCAAGCCCCUUCAGAGAGCAGCCAAGUCUCGCUGACUGCAUGUUAUCCACCAGCCCCUCUUGGCAGCUUUCCCAACCUCCUACCAGAGCCUUCCAGCCCCCCCUGGACCCGAUCGUCCACAUCAUCCAAGGGUCGCCGCUCCAGCAGCAUCCACGUUCGCUACAGCCCCUCGAGAGCCCCCGCAUGGCCAGGAGGAAUCUGGAGCUGAACGGCAGCAGCGGAGGGGGCAGCAGCAUGAGAGAGCUGCCGCCGCUUAGCCCCUCCCUGGCUCGAAGGGGGGUCCCGGUACUACCAGGGGCGCUCCCGGGGACAGUACCCACCAUGAGGACCCCCGACAGCCCCUCAGGUCUGAGCAAGUUUGUCCCAGAGAGUCCGAGGCUUCGACGCAAGUCCGGAUCUACCCCCGAGGAGCAGAUGUGCAGCAGGGGGAUCCGAGCCCGCAGCCCCUCGCCCACCUCCAUGAUGAUGGAGGGUGGCGGGGGCCCGGGAGUCCGAAAGGCAAGCUUUGGGAAUUCCUUGUCGCCUGCUUACAGCCUGGGCUCCCUGCCUGGCUCGUCCCCCUUGUCAAGCCCCAGGAGCCACAGGAAGAUGUCAGCAGGGAGACCCCACCCCGGGAUGAGGGAGAGGAAGAACAGCAUCUCGGAAAUCAGCGACAACGAGGACGAGCUGCUGGAGUACCACCGACGGCAGAGAGAGGAGAGGCUCCGGGAGCAGGAGAUGGAGAGACUGGAGAGACAGCGACUGGAGACCAUCCUGAACCUCUGUGCUGAGUACAACAAAGGAGAGCCCGGCAGCCUGGACCCUCUCGGCUCGGGGAGGGCGGGUUUCCCGGGGGGGCUGACGGACGGUUUAGCUCGCAGACCGUCCCUGGAAAACAUCCUGGGAGGAACGCCGUCCUCGGUCUCGUUCCGCCUGGCGCAGAGACAGAGGGAGAGCGAUGAGGAGAACCUGAAGGAGGAGUGUAGUAGCACAGAGAGCACUCAUCAGGAGGUGAGGACGUCUCCCGCUCCAAGCACAGCCUCAGCACUGCACAAUGGAGACAGACAGCAUGAGGACUCCACUUCAGGCAGCACAGGUCGCCUGGAGCUCGGCUACUUGGAGGACGAGCGGGUUCGCGUUCUUGCGCAGAUCGAUGAGUUCAAAACCCGGCUGAUGGAGCUGGAGCAACAGCUGCAGGAGUCCAAACAAGAGGCAGAGAUGGAGCGCGCCUUGCUGCAGGGCGAGAGGCAGGCGGAGCUGGACCAGAUCGAGGCUGAGACAGACGUCAUCGCUCGGCUGCAGCACAAGCUGGACGAGCUGGAGAGCGCCAUCCAGAGGGAGAAAGACAAGGAGAGGGCUAAUGUUGAGGCCGAGCGGCGGGCCCUGCAGAGCCUCCAGGAGGGCUACGCUGAGCUGAAGAACCAGCUUCAUAAUUGUCCCGAGUCCCUGCGGGAACAGUUACAGGAACAGCUCAAAAGGGACGGAGAGGCUCUGGAAGCAGGCACCAAAAAGUUUGAGGACCUGGAGUUUCAGCAGCUGGAGAGAGAGAGCAGCCUGGAGGAGGAGCGAGAAACCAUCACCCAGCAGCUGCUGCAGGAGAGAGUCGAGUACCACGGCAGUGUGGCCAAGAGGAAGGAGAAGGUGUCUGCUCUGGAGAACCAGGCUAACCAGCUCGUCCUGCAGGCCACUCAGGAGUGCGAGCGGCUGGCCAAAGACAGAACCCUCACUCUGCAAAUGCUCCAGAAGGAGAAGGAGCGACUGUCAGCCUUAGAGAAGAGAUACCACAGCCUGACGGGCGGGAAAAGCUUCCCCAAGUCCUCCACUGCGAUGAGAGAGGCAGCGCUCCAUAUCAGCGAGGUCGACCUGUUGUUGGAGGAUAUCCACUCCUCCCAGCAUUCCCUCUGUCGAGCCUCUUCUUCCUACUUACACCCCUCCCCUACCUGUCAGUUGUACCCCAGCAGCCCUACGGAGGAGUAUGUGACAGUGGGCCAGUUAAGUCAGAUGUACGGGAUGCCAAAGCUGGAGUCAUCCCCUACGUCGCCGCUUCGCCAGCACCUGCAGUCUGGAGCAGUAGACCCCGCCUUCUCCUGCCUCCCCUCUCCUCACGGCUCCUCCCUCUCUCUCUCUGUGGAGUACCAGCCUGAGGGCAGCAGGUCUCACCUGCCUAAGCUAGAUUUAGAGCAGUGGUACCAGGAGCUGAUGGCUGGCUCCAGCCUGCUCUGUCCUCCCCCUCUGCCAGCCAAGUCUCAGUCGGGCCGCCGGCAUGUGCUGCAGGUGUUCCGCUCUAAAUUGGACAGUGACCCGGGUCUGUCUCUCCAUCAGCCUAAGUCUGGCUCUGUGUCCCCCCUGCAGCACGGAGCAGCCACACUGGGACGCAACUCAAGCUCCAAGAGCCCCCUGCUGUCAGCCAACAGCACCGGCAGUCUGCCCAGGAACCUGGCUGCAACCCUGCAGGACAUCGAGACCAAGAGACAGCUCGCUCUGCAGCAGAAAGAGCCCAUGACAUGUUCACAGACCAUCAGAGAGGGAAGAUCAGCAGGUCAUCAGGUGAUCGAGGAGCAGCGGCGGCGUCUGGCCGAGCUCAAACAGCGAGCGGCGGCCGAGGCUCAGUGUCAGUGGGAUGCGCUCCAUGGCUCUCAGUCCCACCUCAUGACCUCGUCCUCCUCGUCUCCCUCCUACUCGCCCAUCAUGUCCUACAGCCCCGCGCUGAGUCACAGCUCGGCUGGACCCCCGCCUCUGGUUCACCACUCCAUCCUGCACCACCAGCCCCCGUCAGCCGGAGAGCAGCCGUACGACACGCUGAGCCUGGAGAGCUCCGACAGCAUGGACACCAGCGUGUCCACUGGCAACAACUCGGCCUGCUCGCCAGAUAACAUGUCCAGUGUCGGAGGAGUCGAUUCUCUGAAGAUCGAGGAGAUGGAGAAGAUGCUGAAGGAGGCGCAGCUGGAGAAAGCCAGACUUAUUGAAUCAAGGGAGCGAGAGAGCCUGGCUCGCCGUCAGAUGCUGGAAGAGGAGAGGAGGAGGAGGGAGGAGGCCGAGAAGAGACUGCAGGAUGAAACUUUCCACCGGCAGCAGCUUGUGGAGAGGGAGGUCAAGAUGAGGUCCAAGAACUUUUCUCAGGCUCGUCCAAUGACUCGCUAUCUGCCCAUCCGGAAGGAGGAGUUCGACCUGCGCUCCCACGUGGAGUCCUCGGGUCACAGCGUGGACACCUGCUACCACCUCAUCAUCACAGAGAAGAUGUGUAAGGGCUACCUGGUGAAGAUGGGGGGAAAGAUCAAGUCCUGGAAGAAACGCUGGUUCGUCUUCGACCGCCUAAAGAGGACCUUCUCCUACUAUGUCGACAAACAUGAGACCAAGCUGAAGGGUGUGAUCUACUUCCAGGCGAUAGAAGAGGUCUAUUACGACCACCUCCGCAGUGCCACAAAGAGCCCGAACCCCUCCCUGACCUUCUGUGUGAAGACCCAUGACCGGCUCUACUACAUGGUGGCUCCGUCAGCGGAGGCCAUGAGGAUCUGGAUGGAUGUGAUCGUCACAGGCGCGGAGGGAUACACACAGUUCAUGAACUGAGAGAGCCACGGACAGAACAGGUGACGAGGCAGAUCUCUCUCCUCACAGACUCUACAGGGCCACUUCCUGUUUCCAGUCCACAGCGGACACAACGCCUUCUUUGUUACGUUUUUAAUCUCACUCUUUGAUUUUGUAGAUGUUUUCACCUCCACAAUUUUCUACCUGAUUCUGUUCGGAUUGAAAAAGGGAGCCCUCGGAGGACACACACACACUUAGACACACCUGUAUAUAAACCAAAAUGUAUACCUGUCAAAGACUGUAAAAAAAAAAGCCUUUCUAUAUUGCCAAAUGGAGAUCGUAUAGUUACUGUUUAUUGAAACUUUUGUAUAAUUUGUUUUCUUUCAGUUUUUUUACUUUUAGAGAAAAUUGCCAAAUGACAUAAUGCCAAUGUUUUGUUUGAGUGUUUCAUCAUGAGUAGACAGAAUAGUUUUAAAAGAGUCUUCAAUCGAGGGGUGUAAUCAUUAGGACAUAUAUUAGAAAGAAUCUUAUUCAAAAAUGUUUGAGUCUAUGAGAAAUAACAUGUCAGUAAACAGGGACUGAAGAAGUCCAGAACUUGUCUUUUAACAGUGAAACAGUAAAAUAUCACAAGUCCUUUCACCACAGUGCUGCUCUUAGAUUAAACCUAAACCACAAGUAUGGAGAUAGUGUUGGUGCAAAACUGUAACUGGAUCAACAAAUGCCCACACAGACGAAGAUAUGUAAAUGUAUUAAAACAUUAAAGGCAAGGCUGGAUUAUCCACGAUAAGCCUGUGAGCCCAAACUCAGGGCAAUCAAACCCAGACUCACACAUUUGUAGAUCAUGAUAUCAUUGUUCAUUUUGGCAGCUAUUUUAGUCUUUAUAUUUAAUCACUUUUUAACCGCAUUUGAAUUGUUUUUACCCUUUAUGGUUUUAGUCAAGUAAAAUUUAUUCAGCUGUCAAUUUUCAUCAAAAUAUUUUCCCUCUUGAAACCGGUUAAUUUAGCAUAAUUGUAAAAUUUGUGAAACACUUAAAAGGGAAGAUAUUGCUGCAAUUCUAAUAUGUUAAGUAGCCUACUUAAACGUGACACUGAUACACUUUAAAUUCAGGAAUUAAACUUGUAGUGGAGUUCUUUCACUGUGUGUCAAAAGCUGCUUUUAAUAUGACUCCUGGUAACAUUUUAGCACAGCAGAGCUACACGUUUAACCUAUUAAACAUGAACUGUGUUUGCAAAAAGAAAAUGUAUUUGAGGAUCUGAGUCCCAGUUCACGAUCUGUGAACACAUUUGUGGAUCUAUUGACACAUUUAAAAACAGUUUUGCACCAAUAGUGUAUUCUAUUAAGUGUAGCAUUUACAGUACCCAGUGCUACAUGCUCGACAUAUCACUCCACACAGGUUAACCAAAGUAUUUGGAGGUAUUCUGCUAAAGCUUUGAUCACUCACAGCUCAGGAGUCCACUCUGCAGUUCUCACUGUGGUUCGACCAGAACAGGCUUUGAACAGCACGUUCUGUUCAAACAUAUUUUAGCUGUAAUGUCCCUGUUGAUGGCAGAGCUUUGGCAACAGUUUAUCAUUUGAUUUAAAAAAAAAAGAAGGUAAAUCUAUAAUAUAUAAGUAGGUGGACUCACUGAAAAACAUCCAACAAUCAGAAAUAGACCCCAAAAGGGAAGCCUGUUUAUCAGUCCAACCAUAGCUGUCACGUUCUUAUAGUGAGUGUGAAUAUGUUGAACAAGAACAUCUCACUAAACGCCUCCAUGAUGCCGACUAAAGGUACAAACUCCACACCUAAAAACAAAACAGAACAGCUCACCUUUUUGCCAAGUAGCCAUUAGCUUACUUUAUGAUGCUACAACACAGCUAGAGAGCAGCCAUCAUCACUGCCAGCCUAAAGCAUAUCCACCAGAGGGCGCUACAGAGGCCACACCCACACAGGACCCCACAGGAGGGGGAGGGGGAGGGGAGGGGGGUAGACUAAUGCAAUUCAGAACCGUGCCUUGACUAAGUGUUGUUACUGAUGCCGUGUCUGUGAGUCCAGCACAGCCUCAUAAAGGCUUCAAUCAUAUGAAUGCAUCUGUGUUUGUGUUGCUGAGCUGUGAUGCAGUUUUCUAACACAUUAAAGGGACGACUGCCUUUAGGAUCAUUACAGGCAGAUCUGAGAUCAGAAGGCCCUGAGCGCAGUGGGGAUCAGCCGGGUAACUUUAUUAUUUGAACUCUAAGUCUACAAGGCUCUUUUACACGUCCAGGAGCUCUGGAGGAUUUUAAUGGUGUCAGAGAAAAUAACUUUGAACUAUGGUUGUGGAAUACGGACUGAAGAAAACUUGCAAUUAGUACAGCAUCUCUGAUAUUGAUUUUAAACUGCAAUAAUGUUUACUGCCUCUCCAGAUGUUUUUCAGACUUAAUCAUAUAAUAUAGUUAGUAUGAGGGGAGGGGGAACUGAGGAGAAAUCCUGUGUUAGGUGGGAAUCAGAGAAGCUCUGGGAGUACAGUAGAUAAUUAAUGUAAAUAAAACUUACACAUUUAAACCCUGUCUUAAACCAUUAGGUAUAAAAUUGAUAAAACUGAUCAAAAUCGACUGUUCCCUAAAGGUGGCAACUUGGGGCAUUGAUUUCCAAACAUGUGGAGGAUCAGUAGGUAGUGUUGGCCUCCUCAAAGCUACUAUUUGUUGCAUUAUGGGAAAUGUAGUAAGUUUGCCAUUAAUGGUUCUUCACAAUUGACUACUUCUUAAGCUGCAAGUUUUCCCAAAAAUCGCUAUAUUAACAUUUCCAAGAUUUACCUUUAAAUCGGAUAUACAGAAAAAAAAAAGUUAAAUAUUUUGUACAUUCACUGAUGAAGAGAUACAUUUCCCAACUUGGUUUGCAGAUGCCUGUUUGCAAAAGAUGGUACUGUAAAAAAAACUUCUUGAAAUGAGUUGUAAAGUAGUUUUUUUUUGGAUGAGACGUUAUUAUUGGUUUAAGUUGGCAGCCUAAUGUCUGCACAACCUUUUAAUAGAACACCAGACCUCUGAUAAAAUCACACAGAUUCCCCCUCUGGUUAAGAUCCCCACUGUGACCUGAGGCCUGCAUGCAUGAGAACAGAUAAAGAAAUCUUCAGCUUUAACAGACUCUAUGUGACGGGGGGGCUCACCUGGCCUCUUUAACAUAUCGAUCAUCAUCACAUUGUGACUCUAUUGAUCAGUUUGUAGGUAACACAUGCAGGAUGCUUUUUUCUGUGUAUCUUUUUAUUUGUUGUUGUAGGAGCAGAGGAGAAAGUACGCUGUGAUUAUUGGAGCAUGUGGAACUCUUGUUUGGUUUCAUGUGUCGGUACAGUGAUGAUGAUAAUUUAUGGUUGUGGUGCCUGAGAUAGUGGCAAGUUUACUUAAAAAAAAGAAGAAAAAAGGCAACUAGUGAUAAAAGACCUUAAUAUAUUCUGUCCCCUUGCCUUUAAUUUCUCUGCAAAGUGUGCAAACCAAACUAUUCAACACUGGCAGGGCUGUUAAAUCAUGUCUGUUGAUAGUAGGUGGUGUAUACGUUACUGUCGUUAUCUAUGUUAGAAAGAGAGGAAGCUAAAUAUACUGUAAAGAGGAUGCCUGAAUGAUUAAAUAUUACUAUAGAAAUCUAA